GGGGAUACCCCGCUUCGAUACUCUCGAUGCUGUCCGGCGCGAUCUGGCAUCUCUGGUGCGGAUUGUGGCCUAGUGAAAAACGCUGUAAUAGUGCGGUAUCGCUGGAAAUAAUGCGUUAUUUCGUGGUAGUCACUCCAACGUUUUGCUUUUGUCAAAAGUUUAUAUAUCUAUUACAUUAAUAAACAUAUGAUAGAUAUAAGUAUAAAAUUUCGAAAAUACAAGUCGUUAAUUAACUAAUGUUUUGUCGCAUCUUGUGUAUUGGAGCUAUUUUAGGUUAGAUUAGGAUUAAGGUUAGAUAUAAAUAUAAAUUAUUUGUUUUGUUGAAGUUUAUAUUUUAAAGCAACUACCAAUUAUUCGCCAACCAACAACAAUAUGGCAGUUACUUUCUUUCAAAUCUAGGGAGAAGUCUGUAUUCGAUUUGUAUAAAAAAAUACGAUGAGCUCUCAACAAAGCCCAGCUUCUAUGCAAACCAGUGUUGAUCGAGAAAAAGUCUACAUAUGGAUAGUCGAACUCUCAAAUCCAGACACAAGAGAGAACGCACUUCUGGAGUUGAGUAAAAAAAGAGAAGUGGUCCCUGAUCUGGCACCAAUGUUGUGGCACUCAUUUGGCACUAUUGCUUCUCUUCUACAAGAGAUUAUCAACAUCUAUCCAGCAAUUAACCCUGCUACCCUAACUGCUUAUCAAAGUAAUCGUGUUUGCAAUGCUCUGGCCUUGUUGCAGUGCGUAGCCAGUCAUCCAGAAACUAGAUCUGCAUUUCUACAGGCUCAUGUUCCAUUAUUCUUAUAUCCAUUUCUGCAUACUGUCAGCAAAACACGACCAUUUGAGUACCUGAGACUUACUAGUCUUGGAGUUAUUGGUGCUCUGGUAAAAACAGAUGAACAAGAAGUUAUCACUUUUCUUCUUACUACAGAAAUUAUUCCACUUUGCCUUCGGAUUAUGGAAAGUGGUUCUGAAUUAAGUAAGACAGUGGCAACUUUUAUACUACAAAAGAUAUUGUUGGAUGACAGUGGCUUGUCGUAUAUUUGUCAGACCUAUGAUAGGUUCAGUCAUGUAGCUAUGAUUUUGGGAAAAAUGGUUCUAUCAUUGGCAAAAGAUCCUUCUGCAAGAUUACUUAAGCAUGUUGUAAGAUGCUAUCUGAGAUUGUCUGACAAUCCAAGAGCAUUAUUAGCAUUGCGUCAAUGCUUACCAGAUCAGUUAAGAGACAAUACCUUUGCAACAUGUUUGCAAGAAGAUACUUCAACUAAGCAUUGGUUAAAUAUGCUACUCAAAAAUCUGGAAACUGGGCCGCAACCUUGUCCAGCAGCUCAGCCAGGUCAACAAGAUCCCCGAACAAUAGGGAUGUCACCACUUACUUCCUGAGUUCUGUGAAUUCUAUAUAUUCAUUGAAUAUAUAGAAUUGUACACAAAAACAACUUUAAAUACAAUAUUUUAUAAGUCGUUUAGAAAUCUUUUUGUAAAAUGGUGCAUGAUAAUGACGAAUUGUGCUGUGAAAAUUAUUAAAUAAGUAUAUCGUCACACAACAUAACACUUUGGGAGUUCAAAAGUACAUAAAAUGGUAAUAAAUAGUAUACAGACACUGGUCGCCAAAUUGAAAAUUUUAACUAUAGUCAGUUCUAUUUCAAUCAAUAUAUCUUAGUUAUAUUUCUGAUGUAAUUCAAUGUUUAGUUUUUUUUAGAUUUAAUGCUUGACUGUAGUCUGCACAAUUUUGACGAUAAGAUAUCAAUCAAAAGAAUUUUAUAUGAAUAAGGAAUUUUAUACAGUGUACAGAAAAGUUUUAGUGAGAUAUUCGAUACAUACAUUAACCCUCCGACAGCGGAUUCUGUGUCACUUUGUUUUUUUCAUAUAAGUUGAGUAAUGGUAUUAAUAAAAAAUUUAUUUUCACAUGUUUUUAACUAAAUCUCAUAGAGUCAAUAAUAAUAAUUUUCCACCACACUAUUCACUGGUAGAGGGUUGAUACGCGAAAUAUCUCUGAAGAUAAAAUUUGAGUAAACGUUAAAAAUUUCGUAUAAGAUCUAAAAUAUGUAUAAAUGUGACUUUUCAUAUAAACUUUAUUAACACGUGUUAUAAGUGUAUUCAUCUUUAGAUAUCGAAUAGUUUGAUAAAGUC